AUGGCAUCAGAUCUACGCUCCCAAGAGAUCAAAAACCCAAUUGACAUUGCUGAGUACCUCUUUCGCCGACUACAGCAAGUCGGUGUCGAGUCGAUACAUGGAGUUCCUGGAGACUACAACUUGGUCGCGCUCGAUUAUAUUCCAAAGGUCGGACUGAAAUGGGUCGGCAAUUGUAACGAGCUCAAUGCUGGAUAUGCUGCUGAUGGCUAUGCUCGUGUAAAGGGCAUCUCUGCUCUCGUCACAACAUUCGGUGUCGGUGAAUUGUCAGCGGUCAACGCGAUCGCUGGAGCCUACUCUGAAUUUGUUCCCAUUGUCCACAUUGUCGGCUACCCAUCAACACUAUCCCAGAAGAAUGGCGCGCUACUCCACCACACGCUCGGAAAUGGCGACUUCACCGUGUUCUCGAGAAUGUCCAAGGAAAUCUCCUGCGCGGUGUCCAUGCUCAACAACCAACACGAGGCUGCCAUGUUGAUUGACAACGCUAUCCGCGAGUGCUACCUUCAUUCGAGACCUGUCUAUAUUUCUCUGCCCAGUGAUAUGGUGCAGAAGAAGGUCGAUGGCGACAGACUGAACACACCGUUGAAUUUGGAGUUCGCCCCCAACGAGCAAGAAAAGGAGGACUAUGUCGUAGAUGUUGUUUUGAAAUACCUACACGCAGCCAAGAAUCCAGUAAUCCUCGUGGACGCUUGUGCCAUCCGUCAUCGCGCUUUGAAGGAGACUCACGCCCUCGUCGAGAAGUCUGGCAUUCCCACAUUCGUCGCCCCAAUGGGUAAAGGCGCAGUGGACGAGACGUUGCCAAACUAUGGUGGUGUAUAUGCUGGAGAUGGCAGCAACGCAGGUGUAAAGGAACGCGUCGAAUCUGCCGACCUCAUUCUCAACAUUGGCGCUAUCAAGUCCGACUUCAACACCGCCGGCUUCACGGUCCGCAUGUCUCAACUCAACACCAUCGACUUCCACAGCUAUGGCGUCAAUGUCCGCUAUUCCGAGUACCCUGGCGUCCGAAUGAACGGCGUUCUCGCCAAGGUCGCUGCAAAGAUGGGUAAACUGAAUAUCGAAGCCGGACCGACACCCAACAACAAGAUCCCUCACGACCACACAAUUGCUCAAUCAGAACCCACCAUCACACACGCCUGGCUCUGGCCCCGUCUUGGUCAAUGGCUCCAGAAGAACGAUGUGAUCAUCACCGAGACCGGCACCUCCAAUUUCGGAAUCUGGGAAACGCGCUUCCCAGCCGGCGUGAACGCCAUCUCUCAAGUCCUCUGGGGCUCCAUUGGCUAUGCCACGGGUUCCUGCCAGGGUGCCGCGCUUGCUGCAAAAGAAAUGAACAUUGCACGCACCAUCCUCUUCACCGGCGACGGCUCCUUUCAGCUGACGGCCCAAGAAGUCAGCACGAUGAUUCGCAACAAACUCUCGCCCAUCAUCUUCGUCAUUUGCAACAAGGGAUACACGAUUGAACGCCUGAUUCACGGCUACGAGGAUGCAUACAAUGAUGUUCAAGAAUGGAAAUACAAGGAGCUUCCUGGUGUGUUUGGUGCAAAGGACGGCGAAGUCCUGACGUAUCGUGUCGAGACCAAGGAGCAGCUUGACAAGCUCUUCGAGGACCAGACGUUUAGCAGCGGCGAAACGAAGAAGAUGAGGUUUGUCGAGCUGGUGAUGCCAUGGGACGAUGCGCCGGCGGCGUUGAAGAUGAUUGGAGCGGCGGCCGCGGCAAGGAACGCGGAGCUUAGCGAUUAG